AUGGCGGCGCAGCGCAUGCCGGAGAUCCUGCACGGCGCGCUGCUCGGGCGCACGGCGGCGGCGGCGCCGGCGGCGGGGCCGCGGACGGGCGCCGCGCCGGCCUCCCAGGCCGGCGUGCCUGCUGAGGCUGUGGCGGCGGCCUUCCUGUCGUUCGACCGGUGGUGGCGCGACGCGCGCUGCGACCCGGCGCUGACGGAGCACGGCUGGGACGAGAGCGGCGCCACGGCCAUGGUGGGCGCGCGGGGCUGGGGUGGGGGGGGCGGACGCUGGGAACGGGCUCACCAGUGA